AUGGUGACUGGUACCCAUGCUGCUUGGGAUAAGUACAAAUCAACUAGGAAUAAGGUCAAUAUUGCCCUACGACAAGCUAAAACAGAUUAUUUUCGCACUAAAAUAUCAAAUCAAAAUAAUAAUCCAAAAGAAGCUUGGAAGACAAUCAAUAACUUACUCGGUCGUUCUCCAGGUAAUACCGUUGUUAAUGAAUUAAAGUUUAAUGAUACAAAAAUUACCUCACCUGAAGAAAUUGCCAAUGCUUUUAAUACAUAUUUUACUGACAUUGGCCCUAACUUAGCUAGUUCUAUUGAUGAUACUGACAUUACGUUUGAUCGUUUCGUCAAACCAGCUACAUCAAAAAUGACACGCUUUAAGUUAGUUUCACAUACUAAAGUAGUCAAGCUUCUAAAUGGUUUAUCCAAUUCGAAAGCAACUGGUCUUGAUAAAAUAUCUGGAAAGAUUUUAAAAACUGCAGCCCCUACUAUUGCCUUAUCACUCACACACAUCUUUAAUCAUGCUAUCAUAACAAGCUGUUUUACAUAUGAAUGGAAAGCUGCUAGACUUCUACCACUUCAUAACAAGGGUCCACGAGAUCUCGCAGAAAACUAUAGGCCAAUCUCAAUCUUACCUGCAAUAAGUAUAGGUAAUCACACGGGAAGGAGUGAUAUUUGAAAAAUGUGCCAAAUUGCACUCGCCUCGGCGGCUCGUGCAAUUUUGGCACAUUUUUCAAAUAUCACUCGUAGUGUUAAUCAUUAAUUGCACGACUUGCCCGUGUGAUUAUUUAUUUAUUAUAUGCAUGACAAAAUCGCUUUCUUUAUAUUUCAACUGCAUUUUGUCAAGAGUUUUUAAUACUUUUGUAAGCAAUUUGGUAACAAACCCGGGAAAUGAUUAUAAACUUAUAAAGGCACAUAACUUAAACUAGAACACAGGAUUCAAACUCAAACAACAUAUUUUAGACCAAGAAAUUCAAACUCAAACAACAUAUUUUAGACCAAGUAAUUUCAAACUUACAUGCAUAGUCACGUUUCGCUGCAUCCCGCCAAGAUUAUUUCUUAAGAAUGUUUCCAGGUAUUUUCCACAGGCUCUUUUUGCCAUACAAUGUUUCUUAAACUCAUUCUUGUGCCAAAAUUCAGUUAAAUUCGUCCACAUUUGUUCGAAAUACUUAUCUAAAUUUCGCCGCCAUAUUGGAUUUUGUUGUUUUGAUUUCCCGUUCCCCAGCCAUCACAAAAAUCAUUAAUUGCACUCCUGGAGAGUGCAAUUAAUGAAAUAAUUGCACUCCUCUUAACCAAUCAGAUUGCAGUAAUUUUGUCAUGUAUAUAAUAAAUAAAGUUAUGGAAAGAAUUAUGUAUGAUCAGAUAUAUGAAUACCUUAACGACAAUUCGAUCCUUUCUGAACACCAAUUUGGUUUCCGCAAAUCUCAUUCAACUGCUUCGGCUCUUUUGGAUUGCAUGAACAGUUGGUACGUUAAUAUGGACCGCAAAAUGUUUAAUCUGGUUGUAUUAUUGGAUUUAAAAAAGGCCUUUGAUACUGUAAACCAUGAUAUUUUGGUGCGAAAACUUGAGCUAUACGGUAUCAAUGGUAGUGCCUUAACCAUGAUACAAUCAUACUUGUCUGAUCGCAAACAGAAAUGUCAACUGGGAGACGUAAUGUCAUCUCAGCGGCAUGUGACAUGCGGUAUUCCACAGGGAUCCAUCCUUGGUCCACUUCUCUUCCUCUUAUAUAUAAAUGAUCUUCCAGAAUGUCUUCAUGAAGCUGCCCGUCGGCUAUUUGCCGGUGACACCAAUCUUACGGUAGCUG